CUUCAUUUCAUCGUCAAUCCCAAUUGCCUCAUCGUUUAACCCUAACUCUCCUUCAGUGGCCGGCGAAACUCCUUCAACCUCCAAAGAUUCGUCCAUUCCCAGCCAAAGUUUGCCCCUUUCCGUCAUGCUUGAAGCUUUUCCGGCCAAAGGUGUCGUCUUUCCUUCACCAGUUGCUGGGGCUUUUGUAUAUAACCAUCCGAGGACAAAAAUGAAUACGGCCUGCAGAGCAAAUACAGAAUUGCCCCACUGUAUCACGAACUCGUUCGACCCGAAUUCGCUCAAGAUUCGAAAAGUUGGUUUAUCCAAAGGGUUGUUGCCUUUCUUGUCCAAUAAUUUCAUCAGAGGAGUGCAAAAAAGUAUUGUACUUUCGGCUUCAGGAAAUACUAAAGGCCAUGUGAAGACUGCUGGGGAGGACAAGGAUGAAGCACUUACAUAUAAAGAUGCGGGUGUUGACAUUGAUACUGGUUCAGAACUUGUUAAGAGGAUUGCCAAAAUGGCUCCUGGAAUUGGAGGUUUUGGAGGGCUCUUUCCUUUGGGAGAUUCCUACCUAGUCGCUGGUACUGAUGGAGUUGGGACCAAACUUAAGCUUGCUUUUGAAACUGGAAUCCACGAUACUAUCGGCAUUGAUUUGGUUGCAAUGAGCGUUAAUGACAUUGUGACUUCUGGGGCAAAGCCUCUGUUUUUCCUUGAUUACUUUGCCACAAGCCUUCUAGACGUAGAUCUUGCUGAAAAGGUUAUCAAGGGCAUAGUUGAUGGUUGCCAACAAUCUGAUUGUGCACUUCUAGGAGGAGAGACUGCAGAGAUGCCCGACUUUUACGCGGAAGGCGAGUAUGAUCUGAGCGGUUUUGCUGUCGGCAUCGUGAAAAAGGAUUCAGUCAUCGACGGGAAAAAUAUAGAGGCUGGGGAUAUCCUUAUCGGUCUCCCAUCCAGUGGGGUCCACUCAAACGGGUUUUCUCUUGUCCGGAGUGGCCUCUCUUUGAAAGAAAAUCUACCCGGUACGAAUGUAACGCUAGGCGAAGCUCUAAUGGCACCCACGGCUAUAUACGUUAAGCAGGUUCUCGAUAUCAUUAGCGAAGGUGGCGUGAAAGGGAUUGCUCACAUCACUGGCGGUGGUUUUACCGAUAAUAUACCGCGUGUGUUACCAAAGGGCCUUGGAGCCCUCAUAUACAAGAACUCGUGGACCGUGCCCCCUGUAUUCAAAUGGAUCCAAAAGGCUGGAAAAAUAGAAGAUGCGGAGAUGAGACGAACUUUUAAUAUGGGGAUUGGGAUGGUGCUGGUGAUGGAGAAAAAUGCCGCCUUUCAAGUUAUUUGUUCCAAAAAAUCAGCCUUCUGUAUAGGCCAGGUUAUAAGUGGCGAAGGUGUGAGUUAUCGGUAAAUCAUGUAUCGUACACGAAAAAACUCAUAUUCCCAUAUCGACGAAUUUUGUGAUGAGAAUCAUGGACAAUUGUGGAGUCCCUGUAAGGCUUAGUUGUGUUUUUCAGUUUUUUAGCUACUUUUUGAGUACUUCAUUGUUGUU